UUCCUGCAUGUCAUUUAGGUCAAGCUCAGGGAUCCUGGUUACUUUGUCAUUCCUCACUUUCUGCACCUCCGCAAACAUACAUCGAGGUUGAGGUUUCCAAGUGAUGGCAAUAGAGAACAUCAUUAGAAGCGGGAGUCUCGACUAUGAUGCUGCCGACGAAGUGAUUACAUAAACCUUAAACCACUGACAACCGAGAUGAUGCAAAGCAAUCGAGCCUCGAGAACAUGCAAAUAGUGAGGUUUUCGAACUUCAACAAGUAACGGCCAACAUACCUCCAUACGAUCACCCAUCUUCUCCUGCCAGUGUCCUAGAAUAUACACACCAUUUCAAGCGCCGACAGAGUACAGUGGAGCAAGCUUGAAUCCAGUCAUAACACCUAUGGCAGCCCUAAUUUGAUGUUCCACAGAUUAGCAUCUCGAUGUCUGGUUAAAAGAGCUGGAUUACUUAGCAAUGCAUCUGUGAUGACUUCAUUGUCUCGGUGUACACUACUAGGAAAUUCUUGAAAUUCUCGCCGAACACAAUACGAGGGGCUCGGAGGUGACUUGUGUAGAUUUCUGGAAUCUUAGGGAAGUGUACAUUGAUUUCGGCGAUGUACUAAUUGCUGUCAGCUCUAGUUGCCACUUCAUCGUCUUCAUAUGCAAAAGGAACAAUGGUUCCCUACAGCUUGAUCUUUUUUUAGUUGGCUCGUUUGAUCGUGUGAUGCUCGCUCAUGAAUUGAUCCGCAUGUGAGCAAGCAUAGGUCCUUGCGGCGUUGGAACCAUGUGGAGAUUUUUCGAUCGCAGCUUUGCAUAUAAUUUUUUGUUUUUCUAGCCAUGGGUGAUUGUGGGGCGGAAGACGUCCUCAAUUUUCUGCGUUACGGAGCUCCGCUGCCGAAGUGUUUUGGAGAAGACGCUGCCACAACGGCUACGGUAAUUGCGCCUUUCCUGCCAUCGCUGUCGCUGGCCGCGCAUGACUCCGCUGCGGUCGACCCUCGCUUGCUGUCCGCACUCGCCUGCCACCCCGACACGCAGCUCGCCUUUGCCUAUGCGGGACUCGAUUAUGACGAGCCUUUUCUCUCGCGCAUUAGGGAAACCCUAGUUCCUGUUGAAGGGGCCUCCGGGAGCCGCGCGGGCGGUAGGGAAGAGGACGAUGCGUGGCUGUGGUAUGUCGACGGCGAUGACGCUGCUAUGGACGAGUGCGAUGUGUUCCAACAGGGGGAUGAGAUGGAGCGCGUCAUUGUGGCGGUGGCUUCUUUACAUCGGCGUGCUGGUUUGUUCGAUGCCAGAUGGGCACAUGAAGGAUCAGUGCAGGAGAAAAGACUCGCACACCAAGAAGAGGACACAGAAGGCAGCAUGUGGAGCAAUGAGGCUUGUUUGUUGGAGUUGUUGUAUCUCUUACCCAUCGUGGUAUCUCGAUGCCCCACUCUUUUGACUCCAGAGCUUCUGGUCAAGGGUCUGGUGACAGCCCGAAAUGGUUGCCUUUUGCUUGUCACGACGUUGGCAAACAAUCCUAGUCUCGUAGACCGUGGCGCCCACUUUCUUUGCCACAUUUUCAAAAUGCAUGCAGAUCUUUCUGAAACUCAACCUAAUAGUCCUCAACACCAAGAUAGUACCGUCAAAAGUAUAUCAGGUCUUCCCCGGCAACAUAGUGGAUCGAUACCUUUUCAGACAGCACUUCCACACACUCAGCAUGCUGAUGCUGAUGCAGCAGCUUUCAUUCUUAUUAAGUUGUGUCAAAUCGCACCAUCUCUAGCAUCAGUUUGUCGUGAGGCAUUAGUUGACACUAGAUCUCUGGUUGAAUUGGCUGUACAGAUUACAGUAGAGAUCCUUCACGACGAAUUAGAAUUUUUUUCUAGGUUAAUAUUUUCUAGAGAGACAAUUUCCCAAUGGAUCUUGCAUCACAUUGGAGCCAAACAGAAAUUUGGGGAGCCCCAGACCAGUGAGCCCAAGACAGCUCGCUGGGGUGUCAGUGAUUCUAGUCGGCAUAAAGAGAAGGAAGGAUCUAUAGCUCGAGUUCGGGAUGCUUUGCUUGCUGAUGCGCGACGCGUUUGGCAAGAAGAUGGAUGGGGAGGUCGUCUCCACUCCCAUAUAAGGCUAUAUUGUGUCCUUGUUCGUGCAGGGGAAUUAUCGCCUACACACGAAGAGGUUGACUUUUGGCUCAAGGCCUUGGGAAAUAGCUCUAAAGACACGGGAUUCGUAAGUAUUCGUACGCUUCAACUUGGAAUGGCUUUUGUUUGCUUAGUAUCUGGAUUGGCAGGACCAUCAACCAAAAAUCUCUUUCAUUUAGCGAUGGGUUGCUUGUUGAAAGCGGCUACUGUUCCAAGUACAUCUGCCUGCACUCCUGCCAAUGUUGAGCUCGCUGCUUGGCUGGCUGUCCAACUUCUGCUCCGAAGAUUUGUAGAUAUUGCAACGCUUGUCCGAGAAGCAGUGGGAAUGCAUGUAACCGUCCAAUAUUCUCUUAUGCGUGAUGUAGCUGAGGCAGCCUCAGGUGCUGGAAUCAUUACUGAUGCCUCUCUCGUUGCAACUGUUGUUGCUAGUCUCCGGCCAUGCUCACCAAUAGCAGCCAACAAGAAGCAACCAGACUUGGCUCUGAAAUGCAUUGACCAGCUUAUGAAUACAAAUACCUUCAACUUCUCACGUUAUGGUGUGGACGUUUCAAAUGCUCUUAUGCACUGCCUUAGCUUGGCACAGACACCCAUUCAUCCUGUGCUACCUCAGCUGGUCCAAUCUUUUGCAGAUAUAUCUGCAACAGCUCCCCGAACAAGAGGAGUAGUACAAGCGUUCAAAAUGCGACCUUUUCCAAGAGAUUGGUUGGUUGCAGCCAUUGCUCCUACUGGCCUUCUGUUGAGUGGCAUGAAUAAGUCAGCCAAGGUUAAAUCACCUCGAGGUCGUCUCUCCAGACACUCAGCAAAGGUGGCCAGAAUUCUUGGAAAUCGGUCAUCAGAAGAAUCAGAUAUUUCUUCCAGGGAUGGGGUGACUGUGGAAGCAGAUGGAGGCCCAUUAGCUACCGCAGCAUUGGCAGUGUACUACAUACUUUGUCGGGAGCAGAUGUUUAGAAAUGCAGGGAUCGAUGGUAGUGUGCAUGGUUGGGAUGCCGCACAAGGCGAUACUGGAGAGGAAGGCAAUUGGACAGAAUUACUUGCUUGCCUGCCGUUGAGGCCUCUCAUAAGGCAUAUGGAAGAGCAAUGGCUAUCCUUUGAGAACCUUCUACCUCAGAUGCUUGCUCUUGUCUCUGUUAUUCUCCCUGAGAGGUUUUUGAUACCGGCGCUUCUUGAAGAUGAUGAGGCUCCAGGAGCUGCCUUGACUCCAAUUGUUGAGGGCGCAGCACCUACUUCUGAUCUGACAUGGGUUGGACCUUCAACUGCUAGCAUAAAUCUCUUGAAAACUUCUGUAGAUGAACUGUUAUCUGGAGAUAUCAACUUGGAAGACCAACGGGUGCCACUUGCGGAUACAAUGGACAGCGUGAAAGAAGAGAGCAGCAUGAGUAUUGAGUCGGUCGAUGUUGUUGUCAAAGCCAUGAAAAAUGCUUUGAGCGCGCCAUUGCCUGCCCUUGGAGUGUUACACGCUCUGAGGAGAACCUUAAUGAGAUGGGGAGGAAUCAGCUCUAGCGAGAAUGGUGUAAUACAACUGGAACUAGGGUCAAAAGUGUGGGACAAAGAAGCAGCUGUGGUCAAAGAGCUUGUUCCCCAACUUAUGGAUGCUAACUGUUGGCGCCUCUUACAAGAGACUUUCUGUUCAUGGUGGCGAUUGCUACCAUCAGCAGCUAAGGAGUACCUCACACCGCUGUUUGUAAUUAGUCUUCGGGAACCUGCGGACAUGUCUAACCAUGGAAGUAAAAAGAGUGUAUCACAGAAAGCCAAAGAUCCUCAACUUGUGUCUCUCUCUUCUAGUGGCCUGCAACUAGAGCCUCUAAGCCUAUUGGCUUGUAGUCCUAAGGUCUUCCGAACUCCACCUUUGCUUGGAGUUGUGUUGGACUUGUUGAUGGAGCUCCUGACAACAAGCAGAAGGAUUUGUUGGGCAGCUAUCGAGGGAGGAAGGGAUGGCGGAACCAAAAAAGAGGAAGUUGCUUUAGCACUCGCAGCACAGGACAGUGCUGCAUGCCAGAUCUUAUUGGAGGCUUGUCUACCAGUUACCGAAUUGGAGGAUGAUAUUGAACCAAGGCCUCUUGCCGAAGCACGAAGCCUAAUAUGUGCAACAAUUUCCUCUCUUAUACACACCACCCCUUUGCUUCUGAAGCUCUUACACUUCCAGGGUUAUGACCCCUCUUUAGUCCCAAUGAUGGUGGAAGGAUUGCCCAGUAUGGUUCAGUGUCUAGAAUUCGUGGGAGAGCUUAUGCAGCAGUCAUCACAGCAGUGCCAGGUGUUUGCAGUAAUUCUGACUGCACACAUUGUCUGUUUGCACUCUUCACUUCCUCAGAGUCUUAGCGCAGCCCAGCAGGCUGUGGCGCAUGUAUCUCAUGUACUUAACAAAGUAGCAGGGUGCGCCAGGUAUUUGCAAGAGGUUUUGACUCCAUUGGCUCUCUGUGCGGUAGCUUUUCCACAACUGAUCCCUCAAGUUGUGACUAUUCUCCAAAACUGUGCCCAGGCUGGAGGUCCUUUAAUCAAAUCAGGACCAGCUAGGGACCCCGAUCUUCAAGCAUCAGCAAUUGCUGCUUUCAAGCAACUUAUUCGCCGCAAGCUUCUGCAUGGACGACUACCUCCCCUGUCAACUUCUUGCUCGUGAACCAGCAUGUUUACGAUCCAACAGGUUGAAUGUACCACUGGGUAUUUCAUCCAGUAUUGGUCUUUGUUAGGUUCAUGUCGUGGUCAGGAUUCGGCUUUACGGACUGAAAUUAGUCUGGUUUUGCAUGAUCCAACUACGAAAUAGUUGAAAGGAACCUCAACUUCAGAUAGUCUUAGGUCUAGCUUUGGGUUACAGAUCUUUCUUUCUGAAGUCAAACCAGGAGCUUGCGACGCUGCUGGAAGCAUCUCCAAGGAGACGAACUCGAAGGUGGUGAGCCAUUGCAUCUUUGCUGACGUGUCACUUUCCUGGGCGAUAUUCAACGUUGGAAGGCUCAUGUUACAAUGCAGCUUAGGAUGUAGCAGCAGUGCUUCUUAUGGAGCUACAGUUCGGUAAGAUUAGCAAGUUAUUGAAGGUGUCUAAACCUGUGUACAGCAUAGUAGGGGAGUUUUUUAAAGGGAGUAAUAUAUGUGCUUCUCCGAUCCUAGACAGAUGUAUUCAUUGAUUCUUACGCUCACGCCAUUUGAAAGGGCUGCCGACUGGUUAUUUGCAAUGGCCUUAUACAAUGCGUCUAAUUUCAAGGUAUCCUUCGAUACUCAUUGAAGUAAAAUUUGAGAACAACAUUGAGCUGAUAAAAGAAUACAGCAACAGUUUCCGCUA